CGGGUGGUUAGUGAAGAAACUGAGGCGAAGUUCAGGCUUUUUCUCUCGCGAGGAAGGACGCCGUUAUCGAAAUCCCUACAAACAACACGAGAAUUCAACAUUCACACGGUCUGAAUAAUGUCGGAACAAGAUUUGGCGGAGAUAGUGCAGAUAGCAGUGGAGGACUUGGGCCAGGGCGACCAGACUGAUGUGUUGGAAAAUCAUGAAGAUUCUGAUGACAAGCCUGACAAGAAAAGGCCAAGGGUGGACAACAACACCCAGGAUGCAUCUCUAAAGACCUUGUUGUACUCCAUCAGCCAAACGAUCUGCCAGCGUCUGGACAACAUGGAGGCCAAGUUGCAGCUGGUAGAGGUGACGUGCCGGACCCUGGAGAAGAAGCUGGAUGCCGUGGUCAACAAGAACCAGGCACCCAUCCAGGUCCCUAUGGUGGCCGGUUCCCCUCUAGGGGCCACCCAGACCUGGAACAAAGUGCGCUGUGUUGUUCCACAGACCAAUGUGAUAGUGAGCCAAGACCGACCGAAGGGUCAGGAGGAGUCAGUAACUCGAGGUGCAGAUUCACUGGAGAACCUCCUUAGCAACACAGUGGGCGGGCGGAGGCAGAAUACGUUCCUGGUGAAGGUGCCGGCGCCAGAGGACAGCCAGGAGGAACAGGAGAGUGGUUCAGAGGCCAGCGACUCGGUGUCCAACAGUGGCCAGGCCAACAACUCCCAGAGCACCCAGAACGUCACCCUCAUCACCCUCAACUCCGAGGACGACUACCCAGCAGGUACGUGGCUUGGCGACGAGAACAAUGCAGAGAUGUGUGUGCGCUGCCCAGUGUUGCCAGGCGACAUGCUCCACCUCAGCACCAACUGUCGCACGGCGGAGAAGAUGGCGCUGACACUGCUGGACUACCUUUUCCACCGCGAAGUGCAGGCCAUGUCCAACCUGUCAGGACAGGGCAAGCAUGGCAAGAAGCAGCUGGACCCGCUCAUGAUCUACGGCAUACGCUGUCACCUGUUCUAUAAGUUUGGCAUCACUGAGUCGGACUGGUACCGGAUCAAGCAGAGCAUCGACUCCAAGUGUCGCACGGCAUGGAGACGCAAGCAGCGCGGCCAGAGUCUGGCGGUCAAGAGCUUCUCCAGACGUAGCACCAACGCACCGGGCAGCUCAGAGGGUGGCGCUGUGGCGGAGGUGGCUCACAUGGAGGGGGUGACCCAGCAGACUCUACACUACACCCUGGCCAACCAGGCCGUCCAACAGGUCCAGAUCCACCGCAUAGGAGAGGACGGACAGGUCCAAGUGAUCCCUCAGGGACACCUCCAUAUUGCCCAGGUCCCACAGGGGGAAGAGGUGCAGAUCACACAGGACAGUGAGGGGAACCUUCAGAUCCACCAGGUACAUGUUGGGCAGGAUGGACAGGUGCUGCGUGGGGCCCAGCUGAUAGCAGUGGCAUCAGCUGACGGAGGGGCCACAACAGUGGAGGGCUCCCCCCUACAGGCCAGUGACAUCCAGGUGCAGUACGUCCAACUGGCCUCCGUCAACGAGCACACCGCUACUGUACAGGUGGCAGAACUGGCCCCAGCCAUGCAGGGUGAGAUGGAGGUGAAGGAGGGAUCCAUCCAUCUGCCAACAGAGGAGAAUGGGGAGGUGGUGCAGAUCGUCAGUUCUGUGGGCACCUGAGGGCCUGGAGAGGGAGAUGGCCACCACAGAGAUACAGAGGUGUGGAUGAAAGGGAUGGGGAGUGGGGGAUUCAAUAAAUACAGACAAUUAAAUGAACAAACAAUUAACUAAGAGAGAAAAAUGAGCAAAUGUCAACAGAACAGAUCAAGAAAAGUGUUUUAGUUAUUUAGUUAUUCCUCUGAUUGAUUGUCAUCAUCAGAAGAGGACAUGGCCUGGGAUUAAACCCCACCCAUGAAGGAUGCUGCUCAGGCAGACAGACCCUCACUGGCUACACCUCAGCGCUGGAAAAGCAUGGAGCUAUUAGAAUUUAAGCUGAUUGGCUCAAUUUAUAUUUGCAGUAGGCUACACUAACCCCCUAGACACGUACUUCCAAUACUGUACUGUUCUCCUCUAUAGCAUCAUGCAAUCGUGCCAUGUUGGACUGCUGUGGAAAGUAGUACAAGCCUAAAAUGGGCACUUAUUCAUGGUUGAGUUUUCUUUGACUUUGCCUGUUUGUCCAUCAUUUCUGGUCUGGACCCUGGCUUUCGUUGCCAUCUUUUCCCAGCUUUUCCUGAAAUUAUUGACACCCUUGAUAAAGAUGAGCAAUAAUGACUGUAUAAAGUAAUUAAGUAAUUAAAUUACUGAGCUAUAUUGUAUGCUCAAAAAAUGUGGUAAUUAUAUUUUAUACUAAUACAAUUGCUCAAAUGUUUAGUUAACUCAGCAAAAAAAGAAACAUCCUCUAUCUAUUUUCAGAAAACUUAACUUGUAAAUAUUUGUAUGAACAUAAGAUUCAACAACUGAGACAUAAACUGAACAAGUUCCACAGACAUGUGACUAACAGAAAUGGAGUAAUGUGUCCCUGAACAAAGGGGGGGGGGGGGGUCAAAAUCAAAGUAACAGUCAGUAUCUGGUGUGGCCACCAGCUGCAUUUCGCACUGCAGUGCAUCUCCUCCUCAUGGACUGCACCAGAUUGUGCGUUCCUGGUGUAACUCGGGCAGUUGUUGUUGCCAUCCUGUACCUGUCCCGCAGGUGUGAUGUUCGGAUGUACCGAUCCUGUGCAGUUGUUGUUACACGUGGUCUGCCACUGCGAGGACAAUCAGCUGUCCGUCCUGUCUCCCUGUCGCGCUGUCUUAGGCGUCUUACAGUACGGACAUUGCAAUUUAUUGCCCUGGCCACAUCUGCAGUCCUCCUGCCUCCUUGCAGCAUGGCUAAGGCACUUUCACGCAGAUGAGCAGGGACCCUGGGCAUCUUUAUUUUGAUGUUUUUCAGAAUCAGUAGAAUGGCCUCUUUAGUGUCCUAAGUUUUCAGUUUAAACUGUGACCUUAAUUGCCUACUGUCUGUAAGCUGUUAGUGUCUUAACGACCGUUCCACAGGUGCAUGUUCAUUCAUUGUUUAUGGUUCAUUGAAUAAGCAUGGGAAACAGUGUUUAAACCCUUUACAAUGAAGAUCUGUGAAGUUAUUUGGAUUUUUACGAAUCAUCUUUGAAGACAGGGUCCUGAAAAACGUGCGUUUCUUUUGUUGCUGAGUUUAUUUGGUCCCAUAAUCCUAGCACGCAAUGACUACAUUGAAAUUGACUUACAUGUAGAGUAUCCAGAGAAAAAUAAACUUGUUUUUCUUGCUGUA